UAAAUCUUGCUGGAGAAUUACCUGAGAUUUAAUGAACGUCGUCUAUCAUAUUGAAAUGUUUACAAAUGACAUACAAAGGUUAUCUAAGAACUGAUAAACAUAACAAGUUAUUUGUUUAUGUGUGAUAAUCAUUUCAAAGAAAAUUUGCAUUUUUUGGGGCAUUAAAUCUAGCUAAAAUGGCCACAAAACAUAUUACUAAAAUUCAAACAAUUGUUCAGACAAAUAAAAAAGCAUCUGGAACAGUUUUGUUUUUCCAUGGAUCAGGUGAUACUGGGAAAGGUUUAAAAGAUUGGAUAAGAUUUGUAUUAGGAAAAGAGAUUUCUUUUCCACACUUGCGUGUCUUAUUCCCAACAGCACCUUUACGACCGUACACACCAAAUAAUGGUGAAUUAAGUAAUGUUUGGUUUGAUAGAUUAAGCAUUUCACCGGAUGUACCUGAACAUAAAGAAACAAUUGAAUCAAUUGGAGAUGAAGUAAAAAAAAUAAUUAAUGGAGAAAUUGAACAAGGAAUUAAACCUGAAAGAAUUAUAAUUGGUGGAUUUUCCAUGGGCGGAGCUUUAGCCCUCCAUUCAGCUUAUAGAUUUUGUCCACAUGCUGCUGGAGUCUUCACUUUGUCAUCAUUUUUGAACGAAACAUCCGCUGUUUACGAUUUUUUAAAAACCAAUGGCGAUACACCAAAACCUCCACUAUUUAUGUGUCACGGGAAUCGUGAUUCAUUAGUGGAUCUAUCAUGGGGUCAGAACACGUUUCAAGAAUUGAAAAAACUAGGUGUGGAUGGCGAAUUUCAUGUUAUUCACAAUGCAAUGCAUGAAUUAAAGAAGACUGAAAUAUUAAAAUUAAUCGAUUGGAUUAAUAAAACUUUACCACCUUUAGAAAGUGAUACAUCGUAACGGAAUAAAACUCUACGUCUUUCUGAAAGUACCACGUAUUUUGUGCAGUCUUGAUAAAUAAGUUGUAUAAAAAUCGAAACAAGUUAAAAUAAAUUGUUAUAUAUUUUUCUCUA